AGCCGCCCUCUGCCGCCCUCGGCUCGGCCUUGGGGUUUCGUUUGAAUUGGCUUUGGAUUGGCUUUGGAUUUGCCGUUUGGAUUUGCGACUUGGACUCGCUUGGACUCGCUUGGAUUCGCUUGGAUUUGCUCUUUGGAUUUGUCCUUUGGAUACUUGUCCUUUGACUUGUCGUUCGACUUGUCCUUUGGCUUUUGCUCUCCGAGUUGCCCUUGGAUUUAUCUCCUGGCCCUUGGCUUGUCGCUUACUUGUCCCUUGGCUUGUCCUUGGCUUGUCGCUUACUUGUGCUUUGGACCGCCGUCCCUCUCAGCCCGUCCUUUCUAUUUAUAAACCCUCUGCACCCUGCCGAGUCCCUUCGUCGCUUCGCCGUCCCUCUUGGCUGUCCCUCUUCGCCGUCCCUCUUCGCCCUUUUUCGUCGCUCUCCGCCCUCCCUCCCUUCCCCCAUCCGAUCGGCCAUGUCGACCUUCACCCCCGUCUUCGGUGCUGGCUCCUCCUCGCAGUCGCCCCCACAGCGCGGCCCGCCCGCUCCUGUUCCCGCCUCGCUGCCUCCAAAAAAGCCCCCGCGUGCCUCCAGGUCGUCGCUGGCCCUUCUCGAGACCCACAAUGCUUCCGAUCCUGUUCCGCUGGCCGGUCCGCCCGUCUCGGUCCCUCCGCCCAAGCCCAUGCGCUCCUUAUCGACCAAGCCCGAGCUGCCUCCACGACCUGCCGUCAAGCCCAAGCCCAGGCUGCUGCCCCAGUCGUCCGGAGACCAGCACCGGCCCUACUCCACCUCGGCCAUCAACGACAUUUCCUGGUUCCGCUCGGCGUCGCCAAACCGCCUGUCGCGCGGUCGGGACAGCGGCGAUCACAGCUCGGUCCGGUCCCGCUCGCCCUCGGCUCUCGGCCGGGCCUCCCAGCAGGACAACCCCGUUUCCAUUCGCGAGCUCUCGACAACCUCGGACAUCCUGGCUGCUCGCCACCUUCUGCGCCACUACUUUCCCGGCAACCUCCUGUCGCCAGAAGAGUUCCUCGACCUUGUCGCAAACUCUCAGCAGCACCAAGGCAUUCUGUUCUAUGGCUGCUUCCUCUCCAUCAGCACACCGGCACUGCCGCCUACUCCGGCCCUCAGCCCAUUCGCAAGUCCUCCUCGCUCGCCACGUCGCUCGUUUAGCGUGGGCUCGGACAUCCUCGCCAGCGCCACCAGCCCGCCGGCUGCCGCUGCCGCUCACCUGAGCCAGCUGCCCCUCUCUGCCAUUGAUUUUUGUGCAGGCGUCGUUCUGCUCAGCAAGCAGUACACCCCCAUCGAGCACUUUUACGUCGAGCACCUCCGCAUCGACGACCGCGCUCGAGGAUACGGCAUCCGAACAAAGCUGCUGGCCCACGUCGAGAUCCUGGCCAGCGAGAAGGGCCUUCCGCUGGUGCGAAAGGGCAAGGAGAACGACAAGUCAACGCCGGCCUCGGGAGACCUGCCAGAGUCGUCUCGCCGUCUCAGCCGAUCCUCAGGCACCGACUGGGAGCAUCGGCGCGUCACUCCCUCCUUUGCCGACGAGGAGGCCGAGGCCGUCAUGAGCCACAUUCUGCGACUGAAACUCGAGGACGAACAGCUGCGGAAAGCUUCCCAGGACUGGGACGAAGCCUCCCGCCGAGCAUCCUCCUUCAUGUAGACUUUUGCUGCCAAACGUAUCCGCCUUCCUCCACUGCCCACGGCCCGCAUACGCCCUACCCUGCAACGGGGAGGAGGGGCGUCCCUGGGCAACGGACAGGUGCCGUCACUCGAUUGUACUGAAACGCCUCGAGGAACGCAAGAUCUGUGUGGCAUGUGUGUUCCCGGUACUCAGGAGUGCCCCCACGGACCCACAUCGAUAUUGCCCAGAUUGCAGAUGCGCCU